AUCAAUAAAUUAUUUUGUGCAAGGGACACAUUUUAUUGAAGUUUAGGAGUUGAAUUUCCAUAAUCAAUGGCCAAAAAGGAUGGUGUGAAACCAAAAGACCUCCAACAAGCUCAAAAAGAAGUAGAAGCCGUGGUAAACAUAAUGCGUGAAAAUGUGGACAAAUUGCACCAAAGGGAAAUCGAUCUGGCAACAUUGGAUAGAACUGCAGAAUCUGUAAAAGAAUAUGGGGAGCUAUGGAAAAACUAUACCCGACAUGUAAAAAAAAGAGUUUGGUGGAAAAAUGUCAAAUUUUUGUCCGCCAUUGCCUGCGCAGCGUUGGUUAUUGUCAUCAUUACUUUAGGAACCCUUACAUUUUAUUUUAUUGGCGACGAUGGUUCUUCCAGUACUUCUAAAAACAACCAAACAAGAAACGAAGUAGUUCAAAUAAUUUAUAACUAUAAAACGGGAUCCCAAAAAAAUUACGUGUGAAAUUUAAAAUGUUGGCUAUGUGUAUGUAGAGAUGCGCCAUGAAAAAAAACUUUUUGUUGUUGUGUUUUUAACUUUAUUUUAUUAAUUCAUUUGACGUAUUAAUUUACAAUAAAUUACGCAAGUCAAAAACUUUUAAGGCCAUAAAAAAUCGAGCAAAAUUAAAAAAGUGAGGAUUUAUUAUUAAACAGGUUUACUUUGAGGGAAAAUCAGUGAAAUCUGG